AGAGGGGAGGAGGAAGAGAAGGAGGAGGAAGAGAAGGAGGAGGAGCAGCAGCAGCAGCAGCAGCGGGGGACGGCGGCGGGCAGGGGGUGGGCGGCCCAUCACCGUCCCAGCGAUGUGGCAGAGGCGGCACUAUUUUGUGAAGUUAUCAGGGCUCUUGUUGGCAUCAUCAUUUGCUUGGUACUUGGGAUACUUAUUUGCUGCUCAUUUAUCACAAGAGACACUGUCGACAUCUAUAGCUUAUCUUCAAGACAUUGGAAAGAAACCAGUGUUGAGGGCCCCACUCCCCAGAAGGCAGAAGUGUGAUCACUGGUCUCCCUGCUCACCAGGGAGCUAUGCCUAUCGGAUUCUUAGUGGUGGUGGCAAAGAAAAGCUGGCUAAAAUCUGUUUUGAAGAUGAGCUGCUUAUAAGUGAAGAAAAGGGUAAUGUUGGAAGAGGUAUAAACAUAGCCAUUGUCAAUUAUGAAACAGGAGCACUAACAUCAGCAAAUUUCUUUGACAUGUGGGAAGGAGACCACUCAGAAGAGAUGGUGGCUUUCAUUGAAAGUGCACCACAAGGGUCCCUGCUUUUCAUGGUUACUCAUGAUGAUGGAAGCGCCCGGUUGAAAAGUAAUGCCAAAAAGUUAGUAGAAGCUCUGGGAAGUAAAGAAAUACAAAAUAUGAAGUUCAGGUCAAGCUGGGCUUUUAUAGCUGCCAAAGGCUUCAGGCUUCCAGAUGAUAUCGAAAGAGAAAAGAUAAACCACUCUGACAGUAAGAAGAAUAGAUACGGUGGCUGGCCAGCUGAAAUACAGAUAGAGGGCUGUAUCCCAAGAAACCUGAUGUAAACAAAUGCAUACCUCCUUAGCAAAGAUUCUUCUAUAUUUUUAUACAUAUAACUCUGGUAGUUUGCGUCCAGAGCCCAAUAAGCACCCGAACAGCAUUUGUAAAAUAAGUCAUAUAUACAGUUUUUACUCUUGCUUUCAUUUGUGAGGUUUUUCUCUAAUCUGAAAACAAAUAGAUCUUUCGAUGCAAGUGGUAAGAAAAUGCUCUGGUUGGAAAUUACAGUACUUAGACAGUUGGUUGUAAAAUACCAGGGUUAUUGAAAGUGAUUGUACAUUGUCAUCAGUGACUUGUUAGUUACUUGUUUUUAACGUGUGUUUCCUCUUGGUUCCCCUUAUAAACUAACAUAGA